CCACAUAUGUUAUCAAAGCAGCAGUUGUCUCUGUCCUAUCGGCAGACCACGGUAGAUGCGCUUUUCCUUCUCUUUGGGUCUGGUCAGGACAUGAAACAGGCUGAUAGCAUGGCUGGGGAGAAAAGCCCCGUCACAGACGUCACCAGAGUGCACGUCAGCGGCUGGGGAGAGGGAGAAAGUUCCCAGGGUAAUGUUACAGAGGCCGCCGACUGGAAGAGAAACAAAAAGAUAAAACAUGGGAAGCUGUGCGGGUCAGAUUUGAAAGGAGGCACCCAGCUUGUGGGCUUUGGAAAGCGCCUGUCAGCCUGUCAGUUGCCUGGCAUUCUCUGGGCACGGUGUGACGCCACUGUCUAAAGACUGGCAGUAGUUUAAUGUGAGGAUGGCUGGGUGACAACCGCCAAGGGGAGCCAUUCUUGGAUGGAGGUAGUCCUGGGAUCGAGCGGCGAAUACUGCCUGGCCCAGCACAAAUAAGGGGGCACCCGGCUAGGCCCCGCGUGAGCAGCAGCGGCAGGAGCGAGAGCGUCUCCCCCCUCCGGCAGCAGUGGCGGCAGUGCAGGGAGCGCCCGCGUCUAUGUGUGUGCCCUAUGGGGUAAACGGCCUGGCUGACUGUGUAGUGGUGCGCUGUGCAAUGUCCUCCGGGAUGAGGCAGAAGGCGGCAGCAGCCAUGCGACCGGGGCCCUCGGAGGUGGGCUUCAAGAACAUGCGCUUCCUCAUCACCGACCGGCCCACCGACGCCACCGUGCCGGCUUUCCUCGAGGAGUUCAAGAAGCGCAAUGUGAAGGAUGUUGUCAGGGUGUGUGAGGCCACAUACCAGAAGGACGUUCUUGAGAAGGAAGGCAUUAAAGUCUGGGACUGGCAGUUUGACGACGGGUCUCCCCCGCCGGCUCGCGUGGUGGACGAGUGGUUUCAGUUGCUCAGGACUCGGUUCAAGGAGGACCCGGACUGUUGCAUCGCUGUGCACUGCGUCGCUGGCCUCGGAAGGGCACCUGUUUUGGUCGCAUUAGCACUUAUUGAAUUAGGAAUGACUUACGAAGAUGCUGUGGAACUGAUAAGGCAGAAGCGACGUGGAGCCAUCAAUGCCAAGCAGCUCUCCUACCUGGAGAAGUACCGUCCCAAGUCGCGGCUGAGGCUGCGCAACGGGCACCGGCAGUGCACCCUGCAGUGAAGGGGGGGGCCCCCCUCCCUCCCUGCCUCACGGCGCUGGCUUCUUUGGCUGCUUGGUUCCGUUUUGUACACCCCCUCCCCGUGGCCCGGCUUCUCCUCCCUAGUCUGGCCCACGAGCUCCCGCCGAGUCAAGCCCGGGUUCCAGCGGGGCUCCGGCCGGGCGCCGACUCGCUGCCGCCGUCGGUCCGUUCCCGGGCCGGGGAAGCGCGCUGCGGCAACAGGGCGUCGAAGGCCUCUCUUCCGCAGUGUCCGCCGUUUCCACUCGCAUCGCCGGCGCGAGGCGGACGGGAGGCAAGGUUGCCGACCUCGAUUUUCGUCGGAUGAGUUUCGGAGCAUAGGUCGUAGCGAGGGCACCCGUUUUCUUGUGUAGCGUGUUCAGGACUAGUGUUGUUUCACGUUUUCCUCUCCCCCUGCUACCCCCUCUUUUUUUUCUUAUUUUUUUUUUGUUGAAAGGCAUGUUUUGAAGAUCCUGAUUCUUUGCGGUAGGGUGGUUUGUUCCACUUUUGGCCGAGCGCGGUGCUUCUAGUUUUUAAAAAGGUCGUCGCAGCACGCUUUCCGCUCGUUUCUUCAUGUUUUCAUCGUCACAUUUUUCUUAGCGGAGGGUACGUUGCCGGAAAAGAGCAGGAAGCGGCCAUUGCUUUUUUUUCCCCUUUUUUUUUUCUCUCGUUUAGGCGGUGCAUUGUCUUUUAGAUUCCAUCUUAGGACGCGAACGUUCGGAAGACAUAAUAGAGUGGUCUCCACCGCCCUUCUGAGAUGGGCGGGCGCACGCUCGACGCGGAACAAAGCCGGCUUCCGGCGACUUCGCUUCACGCACUUGCUUCUCGGGCGUAGGCGCGUCCGUGUGUUUGGCCGUGUUCUAGGGAUUCUCCGGACGUAGGGGACUGGGUAGAGAGCCGUCAGGUUUUUUUGCUCCGCACGUACGGCACUCGUUUAUUUAUUUUUACACGCCAGGCGACGCCCGGUGCGAGACAGAAAGGGCACACAAUGUGCCGCCGCCGCCACCCCUUUCAUUCUCCGGCUUCUCCGUUCACUCUACCCCACCCACUUCAUUCUUCCUCCGCAGGUUCGUCGUAUGGUUUACCUCGAGGCAAUCCUUUCCCCGUCUUGCGUUUCUUCCAAAAGCCGACGUGACUGCUCGGGUGUGCUGGCUAGUCGUGCGUGUCGGAGGUCUGCCGGGGGAAAGUGAAUGUGUUGAUGUAGCAGCGAAACUUCUUGUACAAUAUGUUGUUUACAUAUCCAUCUGGAUUGUGCCCUUGUGAAAAAAUAACUCAUGGUGUUCAAGAGCGAUGAUAAAAAAUUUUUCUGACUGA